UGAUCGUCGUUUGUUUUGCACGCGAGCUCUACUUUGCGUGAUCUUUUUACUCUGUGUGUAUGUGUGUGUGAGUACAUGGAUGUGCAAGCAUGUGUGUCACGUGGUUUUGUCUUGUCAUCAUAUAAGUUUUCCGCGCUGGAAACAAUCUAGUCUGGCGACAGUUUCUGAACUCUUUGCAUAAAAGAAUUUUACAAUGUGGAGUGGAAUUGCCGGUGCAAGGAAUUGAAUAAAGUCUCGCUUUGUUUUGUUUGCACCUCGUUAUGCAUGCAAAUCGGAAUUAUUAUUAAUCCGGCUAAAAUACUGGUGAAAGAUUAUUUUCUAAACGUCUACAAAAACUAACAAAAAACUUGUGCAUAUUAUCAGUGCAAACACUUUUCUCUUAGAAUGUUAUUGAAAACAACACAGCAGUAAGCCAGUAACGUGCGAUGUCUAAAAUAAAUUUGACUUACUGCGAAGUAAACCCGCUCACUUUUAUGUGGCUAGAAAUGUUAUCACGUCGCCCUCACACCGAGCUUUGUUCCUAGGUGACAGACGCCCCUACAACAAAUCUCAUAAAGGGAAGCUAAGAUAAACGAACUAGCUCCCAACACAAAUCUCAGGCUCACUGAAAUUACUUUAGUUCCUUAAACAACAGUAACUCUUAAACCCAUUUCUCAUGCAUUAAAAAGAUCCGUAAAACCGUCAAGUCAACGGUGGCGGAUUGUUUUCCGGCUGAUAUUUUAUUUAUUCAGUCGUAACGUGUCCUCCAACGUCGCUCCGAAAUAUCACACGGACCCGGACCGCCCCAGAAUAUUCUAUUCGCUUGAAUAAUGUCUAGUUUUCCAUAAAGAAUGCAUUUGCAUACAUGUACGUCGUUGUGUUGCAACAGGCAGUACUCGUACGCAACGCGAACAAACACAAAACCAUUUUAUUUUUCGUUUAGUGCGACACAUCGGAAACAGUGAAAUGAAAAAGGAAUGCAGUGAUGGAAUAUUUGACCAGUGUCGGUGCAUUAAAAACAGUGAAAAUGUUAGUGCUCUCGAAUAUAUUCCGUGCGAGCCACCCCCAGAAUCAGAUAGUGCCGAGGGAAUUGAAUUCUUUGUCGACAGACAAAAGUGCAGGACAAAUGGAACCAUCAAAAAUAGUGUCACAAAACUCAUUAAGGAUAAAACAACGAACGAAAACUCGUGACAAUAUAAAUGUCAGCCAUGAGAUGGACGAUGCUAACGAUGUAAAAAGUACAAGGCGAGAUAAAUGUCUUUCGAACAGCGUCGAUGCCAUCGUCCCACACAAUGAUGCCAAAAGUAAAGUGAUAUGUAGUGCCAAAGGUUUAUUAGAAACUAAUUUAGACGAUCUGUUCAACGACGUACAAAAACUCGAUGGCUGGAAUGUGGAGCCGAAGAGUUUGGGUGCCAGUGAACCGACAUUAAGUUAUAGUGAGAAUAAUUCUAAAGCUGUCAAGCGCCAAUCUCUCGUGUCAGAGGAUGACACGGAUGAUGAUACAGCGAGUGAUAGUGAUUGCACGGAUGAAGUGGUUCGGGAGCAGAGGAUAUGCAUGGGGGCUCGGCGCUUUGGUCAUUUGCUGAGGAGGGUUAUAUCGAGAAACGUAUUCCCCAAUGUGCCUGCCGCGCCUGGCAUGCCCUGCGCUGGCGAAGACAGAAGCAUAUACAGAAGAGGCGCGCGGCGGUGGCGGAAGCUCUACCGCGUCAAUGGACACAUCUUCCAGGCGAAACGAUUUAAUAGACGCGCCUUCUGUGCCUUCUGCCAGGACCGCAUCUGGGGUCUGGGUCGGCAGGGCUUCAAGUGCAUCCAGUGCAAACUGCUGGUGCACAAGAAGUGCCACAAGCUGGUGCAGAAGCCCUGCUCCAACGAACACGUUGACCCCAUCGAGGUCAAGGACGAUGCUAAUGGGGAAAGCACGCUGGGACGCGCGUCUUCCGUCAGAUCCCGCGCGGAGGUGGAGCCGCCGCUGCCGGAGACCCCGCCGGCGCCGGCGCCCGCGCCCCGCGACGACCUGGAGCCCGGCUCGCAGCGGCAGUACUCGCUCGACGACUUCGAGCUCAUCAGGGUCAUAGGACGAGGCUCUUACGCUAAGGUCCUGAUGGUGGAACUGAAGCGCACAAAACGCGUGUACGCGAUGAAGGUGAUCAAGAAGGCGCUGGUGACGGACGACGAGGACAUCGACUGGGUGCAGACCGAGAAGCACGUGUUCGAGACCGCCUCCAACCACCCCUUCCUGGUGGGGCUGCACUCCUGCUUCCAGACGCCCAGCAGGCUGUUCUUCGUCAUCGAGUUCGUCAGGGGCGGGGAUCUCAUGUUCCACAUGCAGCGACAGCGGCGGCUGCCGGAGGAGCACGCGCGGUUCUACGCGGCCGAGAUCUCGCUGGCGCUGCACUUCCUGCACGAGCGCGGCGUCAUCUACCGCGACCUCAAGCUCGACAACGUGCUGCUGGACCACGAGGGACACAUCAAGCUCACCGACUACGGCAUGUGCAAGGAGGGUGUCCGGCCGGGCGACACGACGUCCACGUUCUGCGGCACUCCCAACUACAUCGCGCCGGAGAUCCUGCGCGGCGAGGAGUACGGCUUCUCGGUGGACUGGUGGGCGCUCGGAGUGCUCACCUACGAGAUGCUGGCCGGACGCUCGCCCUUCGACAUCGCGCAGGCCGCCGACAACCCCGACCAGAACACUGAGGAUUAUUUGUUCCAGGUGAUCCUUGAGAAGACGAUCCGUAUCCCCCGCUCGCUGUCGGUGAAGGCCGCGUCCGUGCUGAAGGGCUUCCUCAACAAGAGUCCGGGCGAGCGGCUCGGCUGCGGGGAGAACGGCUUCCUCGACAUCGUCAGCCAUCCCUUCUUCAAGAGCAUCGAGUGGGAGAUGCUGGAACAGAAGCAGGUGGUCCCGCCGUUCAAGCCGCGGCUGGAGGGCGAGCGCGACCUCGCCAACUUCCCGCCGGAGUUCACCGACGAGCCCGUACACCUAACGCCCGAUAACGACACGGUGAUCGCCGACAUCGACCAGUCGGAGUUCGAGGGCUUCGAGUACGUGAACCCGCUGCUGAUGUCGCUGGAGGACUGCGUGUGACAGCACGCCUGUCUGCUGCAUCCAUACCACGAUCCCUUACAGGCAUACGGGUACGGAGCAGAGUCGUCGUCAUCGGACUACGACAGCGUAUGCUCGGAACUACCGCCGCGCAAGCCCACACUACUGCAGCACAUGUUCUGCCUUCCGCUCAACUGACCGCGCCGCAACGCGCAGCCGCGCAGCCCUCACUGACCGCUGCACAAUGCACAGGCUGCACAUGAACACACUGCGCACUGCACAUAGUGCACUUACACACUGGAAUGGUAUGCCCUGUGUUGAUAUAAUGUAGUGAAUGAGUUACUUAAAUUUUACUGUUUCAAGAUUAAAAUCAGGAUCUGAUUCCAGUUACGUAACUGAAACAGUCAAAUAUUGUUCGUCUUAACUAAAUAUUUCGUUUUGAUGACAGUUAACUUAUUUACGAUAUUAUAUUGACACAGCAUGCCUAGUAUAUGAAGCCAUUUGUAUAAUUAUAUGAAAAUAUGUACAUAAAAUUUAUAAAUAUAUACAUAUUAUAAGUAUAUUGGUAGUUGAAACAGCCUGAAUAUUGCUAUAAAAGCGAAUAAGGGCGACUAUUCACUGUAAAGAUAUUGUAAAUACGCUUGAAAAUCUAACUUUUUUAGAAAUCGACUCGAAAUUAUUGCUUAAAUUGCAAGAGUCUUGCUAGGUAAUACAAAUAUAAUAAUAUAUGCUUACUGCACAACUUUUUGUCAAAUAAAUUAGAAUUUUAUUGGUCUAUAUAAGAUAUAAGAGAUCCUUUGAGGAAGAAACGCACAUAAGGUGCCAAUUAUUGUAAAUGUAUUUUAGGUAUCGAUGGCUUCAUAUACAGUGUGACUUUUAAUGUUAAAUAUUAAAAGUUUAACUUCAUAAUACAUUCGUUGUUAAGGCCAGUGCUUAUCCAAAAACACACACUAUCAAAAACCAUACAAAAUCAUUCCCUAAUCAAUUAGAUAGAGAGUUUUAUUCGUGAAAAUUCGACUCAAAAAAUAAUAUUCCAUAUUUCCAAUAAGUACGUAUAACAAACGACAAACACUUCCCUUAUAAGUAUUGUUAACAUUCCACCCUAUAUAACACUGUUUAAAUAGAUCUGACUAUAUUUAUCGCUUCAAGGAAUUGAUCCCACUGCCCCGCCAUACAUUUAAUAUAACUAUAUAUAAAAAGGUGCAGCAUGGUUUAAUCUUGGCCAGGUCUAUGGCCAGCGAUGGUGCUCGUAAUAUAAUGCGCGCGUCAGUGACAACGCUUGACGAGUAGGGAGCAGCAACACACUUCCUAACACUUAGGUGACACUCCCGGGUAGCGGGCGAACGCUUCUGUAAAUAAAUUAAAAAAAUUAUCCAGUAUGUACUAUACGAGAAAUAUUCUAAGACUUAAUAUUUUUGAAACUUGUAGCAUUCUAUCUGUAAUCGUGUCGCGGGCGAUGCGCGAGCGACGCGCGUUAAUCGCCACUCGCUCGCCGUCGCGUCGUCAAAUCAUUGUUUUUGAGCAAUAAAGUAUAAAGUAGUAUAAUUGUAAAUGCGAGACAGGUGAACUGCUCAAAGAGGCACGUAAGGAAUUAAAUGUAGAUGAAAUUUUGAAGCGACCGGUCUCUGGAUCGUAUUCGUAUCCCUUAUCAAACGUUAGCGUAUUCCCUAGACGCCUAGACUUAAGCUAGUUACGUAGCUGCGUUAGAGCGAGGAGCGCCGCGCGGCAACAUUAUACAAUUACACAAAAUUAUAUGUACUUCCAUUUCUCAAGCCAAUUGAUUUCUUACCUAAAAUGAAAGCCACAACGAAUUUCUUUUUGUACGAUAUUAAAAACAGCUUGUACAUACAACGUUAUCUUCCCUUGCCGCGCGCCCUUUUUUGCUACAUUAAUACAAGCAGUGGCACAAAAGGUACCAGAACUCUUUAAAUAUAUUUAUAAUAUGUAUUAGUGUUCUCUUUAUCCUCAAACCGGUACUCGUUAGUGCCACUGAGUGUACUUUAUAUUCCAUUCCCUUAUGUAGACUCUGUUGUCCUUCAUAGCUAACUCCACUCGUUUAGGUAGUCAACGAAUUUUAUAAAAAUAUAUAUAAUAUUGAGCACUGAAACAAAUUUAAAAUUGUGUACAUUAUUAACAAAUUAACAUGAAUAAAUAACUCUAAAUACAUCGGUUAUAUUAUAACAAAUUAUUGUUAAUGUAGAAGAAAAGACUUAUUAUAUAAAAAUAUAAUCGUACGGUAUCGUGUGGCGGUGUCGGUCGCGUCGAUCGCGCCGGAGCUCAAGUGUCCACAAACUAUUCUAAAUAGUGCGUAGUAUCUAUCUAUUAGACAUUUUGCACCGAUAUUGUAUUGUAUAGAUGUACACGCGUCGGCGUGUCCGGCUCCGGCUGGUCCCGGCCUGUGACGUCAUCACACCCGGGCCGGGACUCGAACGCCGGACCUUAUAUAUAUGUGUUGUCGUUGCCCGUUAUAUUGUAUUUUAUCCAUACGUUGCGAUAUUAAAUGAUUAUCAUUGUGCUGUUGUGUUGUUGUCGGUGGCGGCGGCCUGCCGUCUGCCUGUAUAGGUUUCUUUUGUAUAAUUUAUAUUAAGUAUUUAAUUAUUGUAAGCGACAGUAUUGUGGUACUAUUAACGCUUUAGAUGUAAUUAGUUAACAUUCCAGUACGACCCGUCGACCAGACAUCACAGUUACAAUAUGUUCUCAUAUUUUGUCAUUUUUAACAUUGUCUAUUACACGGUACGUUGUAUUGUCAGACGUUAAGUUUGAACUCUAUGAUAAAUGUUUUAUUACCAAAAAUUUUGUAAUGUAUAAAACUAACUGCAUGACAAGUGACAUUUUUAACAAUUAUAAUUAGUUAUAAGAGGAAUUGUUAAACAGUUACAUUUCGCAACUUAGAACAAAACUAUGUAUCUUAGUUUUUAAGUAUUUUUAGUUAAUCGCAUGUAAUGUUCCCCUGUUUGCGGUGAGGAAUGAUAAAACAUAGAUUUUUACAUAAGAUGUGUUGGUUUGUAUUGACCUGACGGCCGUAUACUUGUACACGCCAACUAAUGUACGUUACUUAAACUUUCAUUGUGAAUUACUUGGUGCGUGAUUGAGACCUACUGUCAAAUUAGACUGGAGAAAUUGGGAUACUGUAACUAUUCUAUGCUUAACUGAAAAUAAAGAAGAUUAAUCAAGA